AUGUGCAAUGUCCAGAGAAGCAUGGAGGACGAGUCUGUUAUAGUUGCGAGUUAUGAAGGAGAACACAACCAUGGACAUGGUGCAGUUGGGAAAUCUUCAUCUUCACCCGUUCGCUCGAUCAUUCGAGGUUCCUGUCCAAUUGCAGAUAAUCCUAUUCAACCAAAUCUUACCCUUGAUCUUACGCUUUCUGGGACGACUAAAGAGAGUGGGAUGCCAUUUAAGAAUAGAGAAGAAGACUACAACACCAGCAGAAACUGCAGUAACAUUGAAGACUAUGUUGUUUCCAUAACUAAGGAUCCCAACCUUAUGGCAGCUUUAGCUGCAGCUAUUGGACAAUACAUUGUUGAACCGCCUAAACCAACCAAAACAUAAUGGAAAAUUAUACUUUGACCCCUCAAAUAUUGUCUUGUUAUUCGUUUCUCAUAUUACUCCCUCAAUUGUUUGAUUGGGUUUCACUUCACUCCCCAACCAAAUGUACAUUUGUGCAGUAAAAUAAACAUUUUCAAUGCUUGCAAUUGGAAACAUCCAUACCUGGGAAUGCAGUAUGAGAAACUUGAUAGUUGAUGGGGGUAAUAUGAGGCAUAGCAUAUAAUUGAGGGAUUGAAAUAUAAAAUAUCUAUAGUGUAAUCCUAAUGUUUCAUACUUUCUAUGCACAAAAUGUAGUAGAAGUUAAGCUUCAAUGCUGCCUCUUGUUUCAUAUUAGUGUACAUUGGCAAGAAAUAUCCUGAAUUUCAGUUAAAUGUUUUGUGAUAUUGUAAA